AUGUCGGUAGCCUAUCCUACAAACGAAGCUGUACAAGAUGAGCAUAUGCACAAAGGGCUGCACUUAUUUGCCAUCUGGGAGGCAUUAUCUUCUGGAAAGAUGCCAGAUAAUCAGCAAUUAGGUGGCUUGUUUUCAGCAAUUUCGGAAGGUUCUCUAUCGAUUGCCCAAGACGUUAAACGAAACAUGUCAAAAGACGCUCGAGAUUUUUUCAGUCACUUCUCGGAAGUGAUUGACGAUUCCUAUUCAGUACUCAAGAAAAAAAAUCGUGGUGAUCUUUUACAAAACGCUGUCUAUGAAUUGACUCAGUCUAACGCGUCAACAAAUGCUCCUGACAUUUGGAACGAUACGAGUCAAAACUUGAAUGACCAAGGCUUAAAUCGGGAGGAUCUCAAACAGUUCUUUCUUUUAUUUUUUAAUAACAGCCACUUGCGUGAAAUUUUGCGAGAUGUCCUUGCCCUAUUCGGCCGUCAAGGUUCAAAGUUAACUCAGCAAAAAUUUAAUCAGUGGGAUCCACAGCAAGGAAAGCUUGGCCAGAAGAGUCCUUCGCGACAUCAAAAUGGCCCAAAUGAAUCUUCAAGACAUCAAGGUUAUGAUGGUGACUACCUUUCCGUGUUCCCUGCUAGAGAACAAAGGGAAAAUCAAUCCAACGAAGAGUCAUCAAAAACGAAUCAAUUCUUCAACGAUCCCCAAUCACAACAAGUUAGAAAAGAGACUAGUGAAGAAUUGCGUAAAAUCAUGGAUCAAUUGAAGCGUCUGGUUGUGGAUUUACAACAGGAUAAUGCUUAUCAGCAUCCUCUGCAGAGCAUUUUUGGUCUAGUUGAAAAAUUUGUGAAUGAGCUUGGUGAUAAGAAAGGUAAACUGCAAGUUGAAACUAAUGAUCACAUUGACCGUGCCUUGCGUUAUCUUCGAGAGCUUGCUGAAAACGCUGUUAAUCACUCUCUGCAGCCUCUCAUUAACGUAUUUAAGAAGUUUCAUCACUGUGCCCAAGAAGACAGAGAAUUGAAACAAUGGUUUCAAGAUUGUUACGCUUAUAUGAGAAAGUUCGUUUUGAAGAAGGGUUAUGCUAUCACACAGGAUGCAACGGAUGAGUAUAAUGAGCUUUACGAACGUGGUCGCAAACUCAUGAAAGGACGUCACAAACACCUUUGGGAUGAACUGUGCUCUGAGUCGAAAUCCAUCAAAGACAGUGCAGCUUCCGAUAGCUGUUACCACCACCUAGGAGAUGAUGGCAAGAGACUAUACAAUAUUUUGGUCGAACACAAGGGUGGAGAAACAUCUUUGAAAAAAAAUACAAUUUAUGAGAUUUUGCAGUUGAGCUUACCUGUUAUUCUUGCCCGAAUCCAAUACUUUCCAAUUCCCCGGCUCGAAAUCGAGCAGCCUGCGUUUGAUAUAGUUUUGGAGAAUCUUAACCUUCAAACUAUCAACAUUUUACCAAAAAUCGCGGAAUUUCGAAACAAUAACCUCAUGAGACUUUCCCCUUACGGAAACGUCUCCUCAAUUCAAGAUCAUUUAGUUCAUCUUCAUCUUGCUCAUAUCCAAACUGAUCUCAAAAAUGUCAACUAUUAUAUUAGGCGCAAACAGGGAUUUCCUAAAUUCGUUGAUCAGGGAAUCGUUGAUCUUGGCAUCCACAAACAAGGCAUGGUUGUUGACCUUGCCUUGUCAGCAACUCCGAAAACUCCCAGUCGCCAACUUCCUGGUUCAUUCUUUCGGUUAGAUCAUGUUAAAGUGGAUGUUCACAACAUUAAGCUCAAAGUUAGAAAAUCAAGACAUAAAGCUCUUCUGAACUUCCUUAAGCCAUCAAUGAUGACCUAUAUCCGAACAACUGUAGCAAGAUCUUUGGAAGUCUCCAUUCGACGAACUGUUGAACAACUAGACAGACAAUGCUAUGAGAUACAUAGAGAAGCUCAAAAUGAGUUGGACAGACAGUCUAAAAGGCCAACAGAAGAACAAGAUUCGAGAACAAAAGUGUAUGGCAAGACUAUAUAUAAUAGAUUUUCAUCUAUGCAACAACGCUCUCAAUCUUCUGGUUCAAACCAAAAAAUUCGUGUUGCUCUUCACGAACAAAAUAGUGAACUCAGCAACAUUGUUCUUCCUUCCCAUAACCUAGAGGAAGGCGAAAGGCUGAGAAGGUCAGCUCAUUCCGGAACUGCUUGGCGAUCUCCUGUUUAUGAUAGUUUAGGAGCAAUGGGUAGUGCCGGUGCUGUUGGUAGUUUAGCAAACCGUUCACGACCCUCUAAAAAGUCGAAGCGGAGCUCAGCCAAGAACCGUCAACCAGCAACUGCUAGAACUAUGAAUGAAGGCCAACAACCUAAUGCGAAUGGCAGUUUAAAUCAGACCAUACUGAGUGAUCAAAUGGCUCUCGGAAACGUAACUGAAAUUCCCCUUCCUCCCGCAAACACUCAAAGACGCAGUUUGACUGAACAUUCAAUUGGUAGUUUUGGAGAUGAGCAGCGUUCUCCAGAGGUAUUGUUCCGUCAUACGGAUGCUCCUAAGCGAAAUCAUGAUGCUUUUAAACAUCAAACAGCAGUGACUUAA